GCCGCGGGGAAGAACAACGGCCACGCCUCCAUCGCGCCUAGAAUCAUUUUCCGUUUGUGUGGCUUUCCUUACAAUCAGGCGAUCAAUGUGCUUGCCGCCAGAAACACGCGGUUCUUCUUCCGCGUUCCCGAUAAACCCUCGGCGGCCGCAGUGUGCGGUGGAGUGUAAAGCAGCCGAAAUAGAUAGGCCCCCUCAAGAUCAACAGGAGCCAUUAACUGAACGGCGAGAGGGAAGGAGGGAGAGAGAGACAGAGGGAUAAGGAAAAAAAUGGGGAUGGAAAAGGUUAGCGGACCAUUGGCGUUGUUGAAGGCGGUUCUGGAGCACCCUGAGGAUUUGAUGCCUCUUGUGAAGAUGAAGGUAGCGUCGAAGAAGAUAGAGCUUCAGUUCCCGGAAUUCUCCCCCUGGGGGUUCGUUUACUCCAUGCUGGAAAAGGUCUCCCCUAGCUUUUCCCUUGUGAUCGAGCAGCUCGGCUGCGACCUCCGGGACGCUGUUUGCGUCUUCUAUUUGGUUCUCAGAGCUCUUGAUGUUAUCGAGGGUGAUACUAUCAUUCCUGUUUACGAUAAGGUGCAAAUGUUGAUGGGAUUUCACGAGCAUAUAAAUGACCCUAAAUGGCAUUUUUCAUGUGGUAAGAGCGCGUACAAAAUCCUGAUGGAGAAGUUCAACUUGGUUGGAGCUGCCUUCAUGGAGCUGAACGAAAGCUAUCAAGUGGCAAUUGAAGAUAUCUCGAUGAGAAUGGGUGCAGGAAUAGCAAAAUUUAUCAGCAAGGAGAUAGAUACGGUUGAUGACUAUGAUGAAUAUUGCCAUUAUGUAGCAGGUCUGGUUGGAGUGGGGCUAUCUAAACUUUUUCAUGCUUCUAAAUUAGAAGAUUUGGCCCCAGAAUCAGUUUCAAACUCAAUGGGCUUGUUUCUCCAGAAAACACAUAUAAUAAGCUGUUAUGUGGAAGAUAUAAAAGAGAUGACCACGCCUUACAUUCUCUGGCCUAGGCAAAUAUGGAGUAAAUAUGCUGACAAGCUGGAGGACUUGAUGUAUGAGGAGAAUGCUGUAAAAGCAGUGCAAUGCUUGAAUGAGAUGGUGACUAAUGCUUUGGUUCACGCAGAAGAUUGCCUCGUGUUUAUGUCAGCUUUGAAGGACAAAUCUAUCUUUGGAUUUUGUGUCAUACCUCAGAUCAUGGCGAUUGGAACUUUAGCGCUAUGCUAUAACAAUGUGGAGGUAUUUAGAGGUGUUGUAAAACUGCGGCAUGGACUUGCUGUCAGAAUAAGUGACCAGAUAAAAUCGAUGGCCGAUGUUUAUGGUGCUUUCUAUGACUUCUGUACUCAACUUGAGUCCAAGGUUAAUAUGAAUGAUCCUAAUGCUGUUCUCACCCUCAAGCGUGUGGAUGCAAUAAAGAAAGCGUGUGUAUCCUCAGGUUUAUUAAAUAAGAGGGGAUUUUACGUGGAUGAAAGGAGGCAGGUAUACAGUUCUGCAAUGAUACUGGCCAUUGCCCUCCUGCUUGCUUGCCUUUUUGGGAUUCAUCUGGUGCAAUGAUUGCGUCUGUUGGAUCGUAGCGGACAUUGGUGCGGAUCUUCAUUCCUUGUUCUUCACUGUGGAGUGGCUCAUGCUCCUGGAAAUACUUUCUUACCGUUGCUAAGCUCUUUAUUUUGCAGUAUUGCAUGCUAGUACAUUUAUCUUGGACAAUUAUUGGAUCAGGCAAAAAAACUAGAGGAAUUGCGUCUCUUAAAUUUAAGUUUCUGCUUUACAAGAGAAUAAAAGAUCAUCAUGAUACUGAUUGAUUUAUUAAUUGUUUAUUUGUUUCUUGCUUGACAUUGACAUUUCAUGUUCAAAUU